CCACGCCGUGGUCGUAAAACCCCAGGAUGUAUAAAUAAGGGUGUAAAGGGAGAAGGGGAACUACAAUCUGACCAGACCAGAUGAAGAUGGAGCUCGCCGGGGUUAACUGGAUGCUUGCAGCUGCAGGGUUUCUUCUGUGUACCAGUGGUGGGUCCGCUGCACCCAUGUUGUGCCACUUUGACUCCAGAGCGCUGUGUGUGUUCGAGGGGAGGCAGUACUCGCUGGGUGAAACCUGGAUGGACGCUUGUAUGCAGUGCACCUGCCUGCACCCCGUCGGCGUUGGUUGCUGCGAGACGGUGCAUCGGCCGGUGGAUUUCCCUGCGUGGUGCGAGGUGCGGGUGGAGUCACUGAUUUGCAAAGUGUCCCUGGUCCAGACCGCAGACCCCCGCUUGCCCUGCUACCCUGGUGAGGACAUCAGGGACCCCGGCCACGGGUCGCUUAAGCUGCAGCAACACCUCAUGGGGUAGAGAACCUCUCAGGCCAGCAACUAUCUGCUCAAUCAACUUGCCUGUGAAACCAUUACUCACGAUAGUUAAAUACCAGUAACCAUUUUAUAUACAUACUGUACUGAUAUACAACUUUAAUAGCAGCUGUACUUUUUGAAUUGUGUUAUCAAUGAAGGAAAUGUGAGUGAAGUGUGUCUGUGAAAAUAUAUUUAAGUACAAUCCAGCAGAGAAUAUUUCUAACACUGAGCCCAACAAAUGAUGCAGCAGUUAUACAUUCAAAAAUGUUUAGACGUCACUCUUUUUUGAGUAUUUGUUAUAAAU